CGGGAACUUCGCGAAUAUGUGCAGCAGCGCCUCUAGGGUCACAGAAUUCGAUGGUUUUGCGUAACACCGAACACGACAUAGAUUUGCAUGUAUUUAGUCUUGGUUUUAAUUUCCUAGGUUGUAGUUUAAAACUAGCAUAUCAACACGUCUGAAUGUGUUUGCGGAAAACGCUCAAGUCUGAAGUUCAGAAGUCAGUUAGUAAAUUAAGGAAGAAAGAAAGCGAGAGAGAGAGAAAGUUCAUACAGCGGCGAGUCAGCUGCUCUUUCACUUUUCUACAAGCCUCGGAGGUCAUUUUUAACAGUACUAUGGAACUGAAUCGCCCUGAGUUGUUUGAUUUUCAUGGUGUGUCCAUGGCUCACUACUUCACUGAUAGCUGGGACCAAGUGCAAAAUUUCAAAGCCAGACCUGAUGACAUUGUGAUCGCAACCUAUCCUAAAGCAGGUACAACCUGGGUUUCCCAGAUUGUGGACCUGCUGUACUUUGGAAAGUCUGACCCUGGCCGCCAGACCUCCAUUCCUAUAUAUGACAGAGUUCCAUUCCUUGAGCUCUACAUCCCAAAUGUACAUUCGGGUGUAGAAUCAGUGGAACAGAUGACUUUGGUUCCUCGCGUCAUCAAAACUCAUUAUCCUGUUCAGUUCCUGCCCAAGUCCUUCUGGCAACAAAAUUGCAAGAUCAUUUAUGUGGCCCGUAACGCUAAAGACAAUGUUGUGUCCUACUUUCACUUUGACCGCAUGAACAUGGUGGAGCCAGAACCUGGAGACUGGCCCAGUUAUCUGCAGAGGUUUCAGGAGGGAAAAGUGGUGUUUGGCUCAUGGUACGACCAUGUGAAAGGAUGGUGGGAGAAAAAGCAGACAUACGCCAACAUCCACUACAUGUUCUACGAAGACCUCAUUGAGGACACGGCCCAGGAGAUAGAGAAGAUCUGCUCCUUCCUGAACAUCUCACCAACACAGGAGGAGAAAGAUCACGUGAUAAAAGAGGUGGCAUUCGACACCAUGAAGAAGAAUAAAAUGGCCAACUACUCCACUGAUGUUGUCAUGGAUUUCAAAAUUUCACCAUUCAUGCGAAAAGGAAAGGUUUCUGACUGGAAAAACCAUUUCACUGUGGCUCAGAAUGAGCAGUUUGAUGAAGUCUAUCAGAAAAAGAUGGCAAACACCACCCUCAGGUUCAGGACAGAAAUAUAGUCUGACUGUAAGCGUAUAAGCCAAUGGUCACGCUGCCACGCAUAAGCUAAUAGUGCCCCACAAAGAUCCACUGAGUAGCCUGCAUAUGCAGUCAGAGCAUUUUUUUUGUGUUUGCAUAUAUACCUAUUCUCCGCCUGGGUCACAUGUGUGCGGAGUUUGCAUGUUCUCCCCAUGUCGUCGUGGGGUUUCCUCCAGGUACUCCGGUUUCCCCCCACGGUCCAAAAACAUGCUGAGGCUAAUUGGAGUUGCUAAAUUGCCCGUAGGUGUGUGUGUCAGAGUGAAUGGUGUGUGAGUGUGCCCUGCAAUGGGCUGGCCCCCCAUCCUGGGUUGUUCCCUGCCUCGUGCACAUUGCUUCCGGGAUAGGCUCCGGAGCCCCCGCAACCCAGUAAGAUAAGCGGAUUGGAAAAUGGAUGGAUGGAUAUAUACCUAUAUUUGACUUUGUCUCAAAGAUUUAUGCUGCACAGUGGACGAUGCUUUUUACAUUAUUGCCUUUGUAAAAGUAGCUCUCACACAGUAAAUAUGGUUGGAGACACUUGAUAUAAGGCUGUGAUUCUCAACCCCUAUUUGGAUCGUCACAAAUGCUGAAAGGGUCAGGAGGCAGAGCUGGAAAUGUAAGCUUUGUACAGUAAAAUUACCAAGCUCCUGUGCUGAUCCACAAUCAGAUUUCCCAGCCUUAAUCCUAGAAUCAACCUAUAUAAACGGGCCUUGGGUUUGCAAAUGCUUAGAGCAAAACUAGUGAACCAAUCCAAGAAGCCAAACCAUAGAUGCUUAAUUUAAAAUUCACUGGCACAUCCAAUCAGAUUUGUGCAAUAGGCAUUGAUUGGCGUAAAUAGCGUGCACUGCACGCUUGAUCAUAGCGUUAGUUUAAACCUAUGUUUGAUAUAUGGUCGCAACUAAGCUGGCAGGGUAAAAAUUGGGUUGCAGUGCAGGAAAGGUUAAGAACUACAUGCACAUGUAUGCAUGCUAUUCAAAGGGCUUCCACCAGAUGGAGCCAAAGCUUUUCAGAUGUAACACCCCAGCUUUUCAGCAGAUAUUUGGACCAGAAAUUGAAUGAAAUAAUGCAAUGCAUCUUCAUUACUGUUAAAUACAGCAGUGUUCACUGAAGAAAGGAAUGAAAGAAUGUUAUGCAUUCUGACCCAUGCCUACCUCGUACAUCCCAGUGCACUGUAUGUAAACCUUUAUGUACUACAUGUAACCAAAUGUUUUCACUUCAAAAAUUCAUGGUACAUGGUACUUUUUCUUUCUUACAUAUUAGUGAUUAGUUGGUAUAACUUGUGUAUGCAGAAAAAUAAACUCUCAGUGAAUAAAGAGUAUUGACUAAC